UAUAUUCAUCUUCUUCUCCAUAUUUCCGAGUUUAUAGCUCUUCAAUUCUGAUAAUCUUCCAUUUUGACGCCAUGACUGACGCUUUAGCAAGCUCUUCAGAUGAAAGAAAACUCGAGGAAAGCAACAACAGGAUUCUCCAGUUCGUCGAAGACGUUACUACUAAUGUAGUGCAAAUUCAAGAAAGGGUUCUCAACGACAUACUCUCUAGUAAUGCCGGUGUCGAAUACUUGCUCCGCCAAGGCCUUAACGGACGCACUGACAGAGAAACCUUCAAGAAGCUCAUCCCCGUCGUGACAUACGAGGAUGUCAAGCCUGAUAUUGAUCGUGUCGUUAAUGGUGAACCUGCAUCCAUAAUUUGUUCUAAACCAAUUUCCGAGUUCUCGACAAGCUCCGGUACAUCACGGGGAGAGAACAAGCUGAUACCGAUGAGCGAAGAAGAACUAGAAAGAAAGUUACUCUUUUUCAGCCUGUUAAUGCCGGUGAUGAACCAAUUUGUGCCGGAUUUUCACAAGGGGAAAACCAUGCAUUUCCUGUUUGUAAGAGAAGAAGCCAAAACUCCAGGCGGUCUUCUGGCACGUCCACUUCUAACAAGCAUUCAAAAAAGGUCAUAUUUCAAGGAAAAGACAUAUAAUAAUCCCUACACAGAUUACUCUAGCCCCAAGGAAACCAUUCUAUGCACCGAUUCAUUCCAAAGCAUGUACUCUCAGAUGCUAUGCGGCCUCUGGUAUGGCGACCAAGUUCUUCGCGUCGGCGCCAUCUUCGCCUCCGCCUUCGUCCGCGCCAUUCAUUUCCUGGAAAAACACUGGCGCCUUCUCUGUCACGAUAUCCGGACCGGAACGUUGAAUCCCAGAAUUACAGACCCGUCUGUGAGGGAAGCCGUGGCGAGGAUCGUGAAACCCAACCCAGAACUCGCGGAGUUCAUUGAAAAAGAAUGUAGUCAAGAGUCGUGGAAAGGUAUUAUUCCGAGGAUAUGGCGUAAUACCAAGUACAUUGAUGUUGUUGUGACAGGUGCCAUGGCUCAGUAUAUCCCUACUCUCAAUUAUUUUGGCAAUGAUCUUCCCCUCGUCAGUACCUCGUAUGCAUCUUCCGAGUGUUGUAUCGCUGUAAACCUUAAUCCUCUUUCCAAGCCCAGCGAGGUUGCUUAUACCAUCAUCCCUACCAUGGCGUAUUUCGAGUUCUUGCCCGUUUCUCGAGAAAUCGGAGUGCCCGAACCGAACCCGGUUGAAGUUGUGGAUCUUGUAGAUGUUAAACUCGGGCAAGAAUAUGAGGUCGUCGUUACCUCUUAUGCAGGGUUGUAUCGUUAUCGUGUUGGUGAUAUUCUUCGGGUUGCGGGAUUCAAGAACAACACGCCGCAAUUUAACUUCGUAUGUCGGAAAAACGUGGCGCUCAGCAUAGAUUCCGACAAGACGGACGAGGUAGAGCUGCAUAACGCCGUCAUGAAUGCGUCCAACAUUCUUCUGCCGUUUGGUGCGUCCAUAAUAGAGUACACCAGCCAUCCAAACACGUCAACCAUCCCCGGACACUACGUCCUCUACUGGGAAAUCAGCCAGUCGUCGGAAAACGCAAUUCCUCCCCACGUUUUCGAGGACUGCUGCCUGGCCGUCGAAGAAUCACUGAACAGCGUUUACCGGGAGUGCCGCGUCUCCGACAAGUCCAUCGGGGCGCUGGAAAUCAGGAUAGUGGAGAACGGCACGUUCGAUAAGAUGAUGGACUACGCCAUCGCCAACGGCGGCUCGUCGAUUAAUCAGUACAAAACGCCGCGCUGUGUGACGCACGCUCCGAUGGUGGAGCAUCUUGACUCGCGAGUUAUAUCAAAUUAUUUCAGUCCUAAACCUCCCGAAUGGGCUCCCGGUCACAAGCAUUGGAGCACCAACUAAAAUCAAAAUGGCCUGGUACCUGGAGAAUUUACGGACCAUUAAUAAUGUUGUCACUUAAUUAGCAUGGAUGUAUGUUAAUUAAAUUCUAAUGCUUUGUGUUUCUGCA